CAACAAUGCUCAAAUUCAAGCUACUAGGCACAUAUACAUGGAAAAGUUUUGCACAAGUAUAACGGAUUAAAUUGGCAUGCCUGGUAUUUUUAUAUGAUAUAUUUAGCUUAUAGCUUUCGUAACUAUUGCCUGUCAAUAGCAUUACAAAAGACUUCAAGAUUUCAAGGCAAAGAUUUCAGGCGCAUUGUGCAUAUGUUCGAUGCAAUUAAGCUAAACGGAAACAGAUGAACCGACCUUGGGUUAGUAUGGAUUUUAUGUAUGCUGUUACUCAAAAUAAUCAAAUAAUCAAUGCGAAGCUCGAACAGAAAUGAAGGUUUUGAGGAACUAGCGAAUGUCGAAGGCUCAACUUUCGAUGAAAAUCGUUCUUCAACGCAAUGACAUCGUAACCAACACUUAAUGAAAGUUUUGACAAAUUGGAAAGGAUUAAAGAAUUAAAAAAAGUCAUAUCGGGCUGCAAACGAAAACUGUUAAUAAAACUCGGAUUAAAGAACUGAUUAGGGCGCAGUUAAGCUGAUUAGGGCCCAGAUAGUAAUGGAUUAGGGCCUAGAUAGUAAUGGAAGAUGCAAAACACUUACUGCGGUAGAUCACAUUUACUUUCAUUCAGAUGAAAACAUCACACCUCUUUUUUACUUUGCAUAAGGCAUAUAUAGAGAACUAUUCAAGGAGAGUAAAUUGCAAGUUGGAAGAGCACUUAUAGCACAGUGGAAGUUGACGUGUUCCUAGUAUAAUGGAUACUGGAAAAUGGUUAAAUAUGUUGGCAUUGUGCAUUGUUAACGGCUGCUUUGCAGUUGCAGGAAUAAUCUUAAACUCUUUGGUAAUUCUUAGCUUUUGGAAGUCAACACAACUGCGCAAGAAGCUGUGCUAUUUUUUAAUCUUUGUUUUAGCCUGCUCAGAUUUAGUUGUUGUCACAAUAAUCCAUCCACUAUUGUUCUUCUCUACGAUCUUCUGGUAUACAAGAGGCAGUAUCAUUCCAUUCAUUUUCGAUCCAUUUUUUGGAUUCUCAAUGUUUACUUUGCUAACUAUGAACUUAGAGCGAUAUUGGGCGGUGAGACACCCUUAUUUUCAUCAAAGAUCGAUCACAAAGCGAAGGCUUUUAGGCCUUCUGUUAAUAUUCUGGAGUUUUGUGGUAAUGAUAUCAGUUCUCAGUCACAAGAAGAUAAUUCCAAGAGACAUCCCUGGCUUGGCAAUUCUUGGGGUGAUUUUUCUCCUAAUACUUUAUAUAAACUACCAAAUGAUGGCCACGGUCCAUGCAAUAAGACAGAGCGAUGCAUUAGUCGUCCGAUACCACACGAACGAACGACAAGACUUGAAUAUCGAAAUAGCUACUGGUGAAAAUCGUGGAAACGCGGAUAUAAAAGGUGCUUCAACAUGUUGCAUUGCGAUCUUGUGCUUUUUUGUGUGCAGUUUCCCAGUUUUACUUCACAACGGUCUCUGGUAUGCACGCAAAGAGGCCUUAAGCCCAGAAAUACGCAUGCCGUUCUUAUUAUGGGCGGAAACAUUUCUAUCGAUGAAUUCCACGUUUAACUGCGUCAUAUUUUUCUAUAAGACUACAGCGCUUCGCCGGGAAGGAAAAAAAAUGCUUGGACAAUGUUGUCUGAUAGUUGGCAACGUAAAUAACAAUACGUCGGUUUGAUUAAAAGUUUCAGAAUAACAACAAUUGAAGAAUUUGCAUAUUUGAAGAAUUUGCAUAUGUCAUUAUUUUGUGACAUUUGCAAUAUUUCAGGUAAAUUUUCUAGUAAAAAUACUUGCGGGGAUGAAAUAAAGCAAUUAAAGCAAUGCAAUGACUUCACUGAUGUCACGUUCAGCAAAAAUUUUAAUAGUCCAAAAGCAAAGAUGAAUGCUUUUGAGCUGCAGUGUUUUACGACUGAUGGAAAUCAUUGACCAAUGGGACAAAUAGAAAGAGCCAAUCAUCGCGUGCAUUCUCGUGAUUGCAUGAAAAGAUGACAACCAGGCAACUAUAAGUACCUAAAAACGUGGGAAUUAUCUAGAAGACGGCGAUAAGAGCUGGAAACGUGGAAGUGGAAGGGAAAAGCGUGGGUGAAAUUGUGGUUAUCACACGCCGUCACGUCUGAGUUUUGUUGUUUGCAAAUCAGGAACAGCUGGAAGCUAGGAUCCCCUACACGUUUAUUAAGAUAUUUCGCAAAACGAAAAACAAAUUUAGCAUUCAAAGCAUUGUUUAAAUAAAGUUUUAUC